UGACAAGUGUAAUUUAAACAGCCAUGUUUUCAAUUUUUAUAACAUUUUAUCGAGUAUCAAUGAUGGCCUCAUUUCUGUUUUUCAUUCAAAAUUGAUUCAUGUGCAUAUUUUAGACGUGUGGGAUACAGUUUACGAUUACAUAGAGAUAAAAUGGAUUCAAAUGAUCGAGGCCUAAGUCUUGAUCAAAAUUUAUCAAUGGGCUCAAUGGGUCCACAAUCACCAUUAGACAUGAAACCAGACACAGCAACUUUAAUAAAUGCUGGUGGUUUUUCACCGACUGGUGGACCACACAGUCCAGGUGGUUUUGGCUCAGCUGGUCUGGGUGGUGUCGGUGGUGGAUCUCAAAGUGGUAUGUUAAGUCCAGGUAGUGGUGGUGGAACACCAAGUAGUGGUAAAGGUAAUACGUCACCGUAUCCACCAAAUCAUCCUCUUAGUGGCUCAAAACAUUUAUGUUCAAUAUGUGGUGAUCGCGCUAGUGGCAAACAUUAUGGUGUAUACAGUUGUGAAGGAUGUAAAGGAUUUUUUAAACGUACCGUCCGCAAAGAUUUAUCAUAUGCAUGUCGUGAAGAGAAAAAUUGUAUUAUAGAUAAGAGACAACGAAAUCGAUGUCAGUAUUGUCGUUAUCAAAAAUGUUUAACAAUGGGUAUGAAACGGGAAGCAGUCCAGGUACAAGAUCCGGAGGAACGACAACGAACAAAACAUGAACGUGGGGGUAGCGGUGGGGAUACUGGUGAAGUGGAAAGCAGUACAAGUGGUACACAUUUUGAUAUGGCUGUUGAAAGGAUAUUAGAGGCUGAGAAACGUGUAGAAUGUAAAUUAGAACAACCUGUAGAAUUUGAGAAUGCUGUUACAAACAUAUGUCAAGCAACAAAUAAACAAUUGUUUCAAUUGGUUGAAUGGGCAAAACAUAUACCACAUUUUACGUCAUUACCAGUACAGGAUCAAGUACUAUUACUACAAGCUGGUUGGAAUGAAUUAUUAAUUGCUGCAUUCUCACAUCGAUCAAUCGAAUCACGUGACGGUAUUGUACUUGCUACAGGUUUAACUGUACAACGUAAUUCAGCACAUGAAGUGGGUGUUGGAACAAUAUAUGAUCGUGUUUUAACUGAAUUAGUAUCAAAAAUGCGUGAAAUGAAAAUGGAUAAGACUGAAUUGGGCUGUUUGCGAACAAUUAUAUUGUUUAAUCCAGAAGUUCGAGGUUUAAAAUCAGCAGCUGAUGUAGAAAUUCUACGUGAAAAAGUAUACGCAGUUUUAGAAGAAUAUACAAGAACAGCACAUCCAAAUGAACCUGGACGUUUUGCAAAAUUAUUAUUACGUUUACCCUCAUUACGUUCCAUUGGCCUCAAAUGCUUGGAGCAUUUAUUUUUCUUCAGACUUAUUGGCGAUGUACCUAUUGAUACAUUCUUAACAGAAAUGUUAGAAAAUCCUUCCGAUUCAUAAAUUUUACCUACCUUUUAUUGUUUCAUUUUUUUUUCUUUUGUUGAUUUUUUUUAGUUUUUGUUAGUCUCUCAUUCUCAAAAAAAUAUUAUGCUAACGAAAAGAAUCAUAUUUGUUUCAUUCCUGUAAAACAUCUUAAACAAAGCCUUGUUUACACGAAGCGUUACACAUACGAUAAACCAAAUACGACUUGUAAUUAAUUAAUUAAAUUAAAUGCAUAACCAUAAUUAACGACUCUGGAAGCAAAAACUUCAAAUAAGUUUCUUUAAUUGUACACUUAAUUGAAGACAAUAACAAGCUUCCAAUUAUUGGAGAAACAAGUUUUUC